CUAACUGAUGAACCACAACAAAUUGAACACUUUAAUUAUAAACAAGAAUUGAAUCGUAAAUUAACUUUGCCUUCAAUUUUAGGCCUAAGUUUUUCUGUCAUGUCAAUUCCUUUGGGUAUAUCAACAACAAUGUAUACAGGACUAAUAGAUGGUGGUGCUGUAACAAUCUUUUACGGCUGGAUAAUUGUCUUUCUAAUGUCUUUAUGUGUUGCAAUGUCCCUAGGUGAAAUGUCCGGAAAAUAUCCUUCUGCUGGUGGAAUUUAUCAUUGGUCUUAUAUUUUUGCAAAUUCAAAAUAUAAUCUAAUAACAUCCUUUUAUUGCGGUUGGUUAUUAUUAAUAGGCAAUUGGACAAUGUGUGUAUCAAAUUUGUUUUCUGGUGCUCAAUUCAUUCUAUCCAUCUUUGGUAUCAUUGAUACAACCUAUCAUCCUCAUUCAUUAGUAACUUUAUUUGUAUUUUUUUUGUUAGUAUUAAUUUGUGCAAUCAUUAAUCUAAAAUUUUCAAAACAUUUAGACAGGAUUAAUAAAGUCUGUAUUUACUGGACAAUUUAUACAGUUUUAAUCAUUGAUAUAUUGUUAAUGAUAUUUUCACCAAGAUUUAAUGACUUAAAAUCAAUUUUCACAAGCUUUGAUUCAUCAAGAUCAGGUUGGCCAGCACCCAUCGCAUUUAUUAUUGGAUUUCAGCAAGGUGCAUACACAUUUCAAGGAUUCAAUUUAAUCCCUUCAAUGUCUGAUGAAGUUAAAGCCCCAGAAAAGAACAUAACAAAGGGAAUGAUUUAUUCUGUUAUUAUUGCAGGUUUGACGGGCAUAAUUUUCAUAAUCCCACUAUUAACGAUCCUACCGGAAUUAGCCUUGUUGUUAGAUGAAGAGAGUAAUAUACUACCAAUUGAGGUCAUAUUUAAGAUUUCAUCAAAUUCUUUAAUAGUUACAUUGCUAUUUGUUAUAUUAAUUUGUGGAACUAUAAUAAUCGGUGGAAUUGGAGUGUUUACAGUGGCAUCAAGAUCAGUCUAUUCGUUAUCAAGAGAUAACGGGAUUCCCUUCUCUAAAUUUUGGAACCAAGUUUCGAUAAAUAAUAACGAGAAUGAUGAAGAAGGAGAUGGUGACUAUAGUAUAAUUCCCAAAAAUGGGAUUUAUUUAACUACUAUUAUAUUGAUAGCUAGUGGAAUCUUUUCUUUGUUUUCUACAUCGGCUUUCAAUGCAUUUAUGGGUUCGGCUAUAAAUUGCCUAACAGUUUCAAAUAUUUUGCCAAUAUUAUCGUCGAUAUUAAAUAAACGAGUUAAGCUAAAAGGCAGUUAUUUUCGAUUAAGAUCAUUGGGAUAUAUGAUUAAUGUUUUAUCGGUGUUUUGGUCUUUUUUUCUAUUAAUUGUAUUGUCGUGUCCACCAAGGAUCCCGGUUAAUUUUAUUACAAUGAACUAUACGAGUUUGAUAUUUGUUUUGACAUUGAUGUUUAUAAGUUUGUUGUAUGUUGUAUAUGGAAAGAACCAUUUUCAUGGGCCAUUAGUAGAUGGAAAU